AUGUCAAAAAAUUAUAAUAUCAAUUCGAUCGCAUUUUUUGAUUCUGAUUCUGAAUCUCAAAUAGAUCCUGAAAUUCUUUUACGUUUAUUAUUAUCUCAAACUCCACCACCGUAUCAAUUAACACUUCCUAUAGAUGACCUCAUAAAUUCUCCUCCUAAGUCGAACGGUACUAUUCCACGUCCAAAGAACUCAUUUAUUAUCUUUAGAAAUGAUUAUAGCGCAAGAAUUAAAGCGCAAUGUUCAAAUAUGACUGUUAGUAAAAUUUCUGGGAUCGUCAGCCAAGCGUGGAAAAAUCAACCAACCUCUGUUUUACAGUUUUUUGAAAUAUUAUCUAUGGUCUCCUAUCAAAGACACAAAAUUAUGUAUCCUGAUUAUAAAUAUGCACCUCAAAAGAAGGAAAAGAAAUCUCAAAUUACACAAACAUCUCUUAUUCUUGUACGUGAUGAUAUUGAAACACCCACAAAUACCUCGUAUGCUACGGACUUGUCUUAUGAUUUGUUUUCUGCUUUUGACGAUGAAAAUACAAUUUUGAUUGACAAAAUGUUGGGAAUCUUUUAUGAUAAAAUUAAUAUGUAG